AUGGUGCCCGCCUACAUCAGCAUCGUGCCCGCCUACAUCAGUAUGAUACACGCCUACAUCAGUAUGGUGCCCGCCUACAUCAGUAUGAUACACGCCUACAUCAGCAUGGUGCCCGCCUACAUCAGUAUAGUGCCCGCCUACAUCAGUAUGAUACACGUCUACAUCAGUAUGGUGCCCGCCUACAUCAGUAUGAUACACGCCUACAUCAGUAUGGUGCCCGCAUACAUCAGUAUGGUGCCCGCUUACAUCAGUAUGAUGCCCGCCUACAUCAGUAUGGUGCCCGCCUACAUCAGCAUGGUGCCCGCUUACAUCAGUCUGGUGCCCGCCUACAUCAGUAUGAUGCCCGCCUACAUCAGUAUGGUGCCCGCUUACAUCAGUAUGGUGCCCGCCUACAUCAGUAUGGUGCCCGCCUACAUCAGCAUGGUGCCCGCUUACAUCAGUAUGGUGCCCGCUUACAUCAGUAUGAUGCCCGCUUACAUCAGUAUGGUGCCCGCCUACAUCAGUAUGGUGCUCGCUUACAUCAGUAUGGUGCCCGCCUACAUCAGUAUAAUGCUCGCCUACAUCAGUAUGGUGCCCGCCUACAUCAGCAUGGUGCCCGCUUACAUCAGUAUGGUGCCCGCUUACAUCAGUAUGAUGCCCGCUUACAUCAGUAUGGUGCCCGCUUACAUCAGUAUGGUGUCCGCCUACAUCAGUAUGGUGCCCGCCUACAUCAGUAUGAUGCCCGCUUACAUCAGUAUGGUGCCCGCCUACAUCAGUAUGAUGCCCGCCUACAUCAGUAUGGUGCCCGCCUACAUCAGUAUGGUGCCCGCUUACAUCAGUAUGGUGCCCGCUUACAUCAGUAUGGUGCCCGCCUACAUCAGUAUGGUGCCCGCUUACAUCAGUAUGGUGCCCGCCUACAUCAGUAUGGUGCCCGCCUACAUCAGUAUGGUUCCUGCCUACAUCACUAUGAUGCCGGCCUACAUCAGUAUGGUGCCCGCUUACAUCAAUAUGGUGCCCGCCUACAACAGCAUGGUGCCCGCUUACAUCAGUAUGAUGCCCGCUUACAUCAGUAUGAUGCCCGCCUACAUCAGUAUGGUGCCCGCCUACAUCAGUAUGAUGCCCGCUUACAUCAGUAUGAUGCCCGCUAACAUCAGUGUGGUGCCCGCCUACAUCAGUAUGGUGCCCGCUUACAUCAGCAUGGUGCCCGCCUACAUCAGCACGGUGCCCGCCUACAUAAGUAUGAUACACGCCUCGUCAGUAUGA